AUGGCCAACUGGAGAGCUUCUUCGGCGCGGCAGCAAUGGAACUCGAGAGCUCCAACAGCAGCGGCGGCGGAGGACGAUUCCUGGGAAGUGAGAGCUUUCGCCGAGGACGCCGCCAGCUGCAGCGGCCAGUGGCCUCCACGCUCCUACUCUUGCAGCUUCUGCGCCAGGGAGUUUCGGACGGCCCAAGCUCUCGGCGGCCACAUGAACGUCCAUCGUCGCGAGCGAGCAUACGCCAACCAGCUCGGCUUGAUCUCCAAGGCGGCCUCCAAUUCCUCGUCCGCCGGCGUAGCUCCUGUUCCUGUUGUCCCUCUCGGUGGCGUUGGAGCCGGCAGCAAUAACAAUCCUGCCGGCAAUGCUCCCAGCAUUCCCAGCUCCAACGAUCAUUCGUCAGCUUCUGGAGCUCCUUCCACUCCACCAGCGCUUGGAUUUUGCUGGGUGUAUCCGUAUCACCAUCCUCUAAACCGGCCACCUAUGCAUAUGCAUCCCGACCACGCUGCGAAUUUCGUCUAUCCACAACAAAUGCCCGCUGCUGCUGCCGCCGCUGCUGCCAUUUUUUCUCCUCAUCCCGUCAUUGCUGCGAGCACUGCUGCUGGUCCGGAAUUGUCACUGUCUCCACCGAAUGUGUCGUUGAGCACCACUAACAACAGCUCGUCGCUUUCGUCGUCGCCGUCCCACAACUUGGCCUCCCUGAAUUCCAGCAGCGGCAGCGACUCUUCGACCGGUAGCCUCCGAAAGAAACUAGCUGUUGCUGUCAGCUUCAACCAGCCUUCACCGGACGAGAAUGGAAAUGUGAUGAUGAAGUGUCCUGAUCUGUCCGGGAUGAAACUGAUCGUGGUCGACGGCGAGGCGAAUGCGCUUGACUUGGAACUUCGGCUGGGACACUCGAAAUCGAUAUCCGAGCCUUCUUAA